AUGGACAACCUCUGUGUUUAUGUACUUGAAUCUUCAGGUACAGGAGAAAAAAUGAUGAAAAAAAAUGCAAGUUCUGAAGACUUUUUUGUUCUAAUGGGAUUUUCCAAUUGGCCUCAUAUUGAAGUAGUUCUCUUUGUGGUUAUGUUGAUAUUCUACUUGAUGACACUGGUAGACAACCUGUUCAUCCUCAUCCUGUCAUACCUUUAAUCCCAUCUCCACACUCCCAUGUACUUCUUCCUCCCAAACCUGUCUUUUCUGUAUCUCUGCUACACCACCAGUUCUAUCCCUCAGUUGCUAGUCAACCUCUGGGGCCCAGAAAAGACCAUCUCUUUUGCUGGCUGCAUGAUUCAACUUUACUUUGUCCUCGCACUGGGAACCACAGAGUGUGUCAUACUCGUGGUGAUGUCCUAUGACCAUUAUGCAGCUGUAUGCAGACCUUUGCAUUACAGUGUCCUCAUGCACCCUCAUUUCUGCCACCUGUUGGCUGUGGCUUCUUUGCUAAGUUGUUUUACUGACUCAGCACUUCAUACCUUCUCUACCUUCUGUGUAGCCCUGUGUGGACCUCGCGAAGUGGAUCCCUUCUGUGAAAUUCCAGCACUGCUGCAACUAUCUUGUGCUGAUACUCAUGCUAAUGAGCUGACACUCAUGGUGAUGAGCUCCGUUUUUGUUCUCAUAGUUCUCAUCCUCAUUCUCACUUCCUAUGGUGCCAUUGCCCAGGCUGUACUAAGAAUGAAAUCAACCACUGGGCUUUGGAAAGUUUUGGGCACAUGUGGAGCCCAUUUUAUGGUUGUAUUUCUUUUUCUCAUUACAACCAUGUGCAUAUAUCUUCAGCCACCAUCAGCAAAUUCCCAAAAUCAAGGCAAGUUCAUUGCCCUCUUUUAUACUGCAGUCACACCUAGCCUCAGCACUCUAAUCUACAAGGUCAGAAACAAAGAUGUAAGAGGGGUAGUGAGGAGAAUAGUGGGGUGA